GGCUGGCUGGCGAAGCCGCUGGAGGCGAAGCGAGGCGUGCCGCGGCCGGAGGAGGCGGGCAGGGAGCUGGCUGCUCCCCCCCUUGCUUCUCCUCCCGCCGGCCGGCGAGCAGCGAGGAGAGGGACGCGGGCUGGCCCGGGCUCCUGGAUAAAAAAUGGCAUUUCAGAAGGCAGUGAAAGGAACUGCUCUCAUUGGAGGAGGUGCCAUAGCAACAGUUUUUGGCCUCUCUCAAUUUUCUCAGUAUAGAAACAAACACAGUACCUUUGUGCAUGUUCAGGCUGCAGAAGCUGUGACUGUUCCAAUAAAGAACCAUCUCCCCACAAGAGAACAACAAAUUUUGGCACUGCAAACCACAGGUGAAUUUGAUGUCCUUGUUAUAGGUGGAGGAGCAACAGGAUGUGGCUGUGCUUUAGAUGCAGUCACUAGAGGACUAAAAACAGCCCUUCUAGAAAGAGAUGAUUUCUCAUCAGGGACCAGCAGCAGGAGUACUAAAUUGAUCCAUGGUGGAGUGAGAUAUCUUCAGAAGGCCAUCAUGAAGUUGGAUUUUGAGCAGUACAAGAUGGUGAAAGAAGCACUUGAGGAGCGUGCAAAUCUGCUUGAAAUCGCUCCUCACCUAUCAGCUCCUUUGCCAAUAAUGCUACCUGUUUACAAAUGGUGGCAGUUGCCAUACUACUGGUUUGGAAUAAAACUGUAUGACCUUGUGGCAGGAAGUCAGUGUCUGAAAAGUAGUUAUGUCCUUAGCAAGUCAAGAGCCUUGGAGCACUUUCCAAUGCUACGCAAAGACGAGCUUGUUGGAGCUAUUGUCUACUAUGAUGGACAGCACAACGACGCACGGAUGAACCUCGCCAUCGCCCUCACUGCUGCCAGGUACGGCGCUGCCACCGCCAAUUACGCUGAAGUGCUGCGUUUGCUCAAGACGACAGACCCGGCCAGCGGGAAGGAGCGCGUGUGCGGGGUGCGCUGCAGGGACGUCUUAACAGGGCAGGAAUUUGAUGUCAAAGCCAAAUGUGUUAUCAAUGCUACGGGACCUUUCACAGACUCUGUGCGCAAAAUGGAUGAUCAGGAAGUACCAAACAUCUGUCAGCCAAGUGCAGGCGUGCAUAUUGUGAUGCCUGGUUAUUACAGCCCUGAUAAUAUGGGUUUGCUUGACCCAGCCACCAGCGAUGGUAGAGUGAUUUUCUUCCUGCCAUGGGAGAAGAUGACUAUUGCAGGGACCACAGACAGCCCGACUGAUGUUACUUCCCAUCCGAUACCAACAGAAGAAGAUAUAAACUUCAUUUUGAAUGAAGUGCGCAACUACCUUAGUGUUGAUGUUGAAGUGAGAAGAGGAGACGUGUUGGCAGCGUGGAGUGGCAUUCGUCCUCUGGUCAUAGACCCCAACUCCAAAGACACGCAGUCGAUAUCCCGGAAUCAUGUCGUUACCAUUAGCGAUAGUGGCCUUGUCACGAUAGCAGGUGGGAAGUGGACAACCUACCGUGCCAUGGCGCAGGACACCAUUGAUGCAGCUAUUCAAGCGCAUGAUCUGAAGGCAGGUUCCAGUAAGACCAUUGGGCUGCAGCUACAAGGGGCUGAGGACUGGAGUCCCACUCUCUACAUUAGGUUGGUCCAAGACUAUGGACUUGAAAGUGAGGUGGCUCAGCAUCUAGCUUCAACAUAUGGGGACAAGGCUUUUGAGGUGGCCAAAAUAGCCCAAGUUACAGGAAAGAGAUGGCCUAUUGUUGGAAAACGUCUUGUAUCUGAAUUUCCUUAUAUUGAAGCUGAGGUUGUCUAUGGUGUUAAAGAGUAUGCCCGCACGGCAGUGGAUAUGAUUUCCCGACGUACUCGCUUGGCCUUUCUGAAUGUGCAGGCUGCAGAGGAAGCCCUGCCAAGAAUCAUAGAUAUAAUGGGGAAAGAACUUAACUGGAAUGAGCAGAAAAAAAAGGAAGAACUUGAAGCUGCUAAAAAGUUUCUCUAUUAUGAAAUGGGCUACAAAGUAAAAUCAGAUCAAUUAACAGACAGCUCUGAAAUCAGUCUAGGGCCUUCAGAUAUUGAAAGGUACAAGAAGCGAUUCCACAUGUUUGACAAGGACAAGAAAGGGUUUAUUACUAUACUGGAUGUGCAGCGUGUCUUGGAGAGCAUCAGUGUGCAAAUUGCUGAAAACACACUUCAUGAUAUUCUAAAUGAAGUGGAUCUGAACAAAAAUGGACAGGUUGAGCUCAAUGAAUUUUUGCAGCUCAUGAGUGCUAUUCAGAAGGGCCAUGUGUCUGGAAGCCGGCUGGCUGUGCUCAUGAAGACUGCAGAGGAGAAUCUGCAUCAGAGGGUGGUGAUUCCGGUGGACCGGAGCGGUGGUGGACUGUGAGUUCAAACACAACGUCUGCUCACAGCCACGGCUAACGGAGACGUGUAGCUGCGUCUCUCUGCUGAAAAACAUUCCAGUGCUUCUGAUUGUCCUUGCUUGUUCAAGAUGACCAGUAUCUGUCCAUUGGUGUAGCUCUUACAAAAAUACAUUGGUGGAUUUUUUUUUUCAUUAUUAAUGGUUUUCUGUACAGCUCUUAAUACUCCAGUAUGUGGCCUUUUGGAUUGGGUAUUCUUUAGUCACAGGGGCUUAUUAACAAAGAGUUCAGGAAUACAGUCUAGAAAGAUUUGGGUGCACACACAAGCACAUGUGCACGUACUGCCUUGUUCAUUAACUUUUAUAUCACCUUUACCUCUUAAAGAAAACGAUGCUCAGAAAGUGAAUCCUGCCUUUAAAUGCAUUGCAUUGAGUUUUGCAAAUACGCGUUUAGUAUUUAAAAGCUGCUGAUCUGUCCUCCUCAACAAAGAGCAAGAGAGGGAAAGCUGAUGUUCUGGAUUGGAGAUAGUAUCGUGAAAGGAACAAAACUGAUGCCUCCUGAGGUAGUGAUUACUGUGAAGAACUGUCAUGAGCCUUCUGUAGGUGGUUGGUUUUGCUCUUUCGAGUGCUCUGUUAUUUCAGUGGUACCAAUACUUGGCCAGACAAAAAUACCAGCAGUAUGAAGCUGGAAAACUACAAGACAUCUUGAUUAAUCGCCCAAGCUAAUAAUUUAGUUAAAAGCUAGGGGACAGCUUUCCUUUCUCCCAUAUUAAUAAAAAUAAGCUUCCUUUAAUAAACAGCGUUGUCUAGCAGGUGGUGUUUUAUGCUGUAAAGUGCUUCAUACUGUUUCCAGUACGUCCUGUUUUGGACAAACACUGAUGAUAUGUAGAAUAUGGCAGUUUUCGAUAGCAUAA